GACAUUCCCACGCGACUCAGCUUUUCAUUCAUCGUCUAUUGUCUUUAGCGUAGACAUCUCGUGAGCACUUCACUCCCCGGAGCACCUGUAAAGAAACUCCCUCUGCACCGCCGCGUCAAGUCGCCCGCUUCAAGCGCGCCAAGACGCUGCUGCCGCCUUCAGCUAUCUCACGUAGGCAUACGACAAAUACGAGGCUGCGGACUGCAACCAGCCAGCUGUCCCUAACGCCGCGCCCCUUCUCUCACCCAUCCGCCUGCGCAUCCGCCUCCUCUAUGCGUCAUGAAACUCCUUAAGGGCAUAUGGCUGCCCGCCCUCGCGGUGCUCGCGCCGUUCGCCGCGGCGAAGAAAGAUGGGCCACUCGUGGCAGAAACAGACUUUGGCAGCGAGCUGCUCAACAUCUUCUACUUUGACGACUCCAAUGUCGCCAUGCUGGUGGAGCUCGAGUCGGAGAAGGUGUUCCGCUCCUCUAACGCCGGAAAGUCGUGGGACAAGGUCAAGGCCGACGGCAAGGACAUGCGGACAAUCGGCAUAGUCAAGAACCCCUUCGAUAAGAACGUGGCCGUGGUGCUAGGCGAGAAGGAGCACUACAUCACCUACGACCAGGGCGAGAAGUGGAGCAAGUUCAAGACAGACGAAGCUCCGUCUCUGGGCAACCCGCUGAGCUUCCACGCGUCGGACAACAAGAAGAUACUGUUCCACGGUGGCGGGAACGACUGCUUCUUUGGCGCAUGUCUCGGAACGACAUAUGUUACCAAGGACGGCUUCGAGUCGCUCAAGCUUGCCCGCGAGAGCCGGAAGAUGUGUUUGUGGGCCAAGGGCACCGAGCGCUUUGCUUUGGAUGACGAUUCCCUCGACGACCGGAUAUUGUGCAUAGUGGCUGGAAAAUACUCGGAACGUUCCAAAGACUACAAGAUUGUCAUCUCCGAUGACUACUUCAAGAACGAGGAAGAGCCUGUCAUGUCCUCCGGCCGUACCGUACAAGGCAUGACGAACAUGGCUGCUGUCAAGGGCUACUUCGUCGCCGCCGCCAAGGCCGAACAUUCGGACGAGCUUUCCAUGUACGUUACCGACGACACCAAGAUAUGGCACCAUGCAGAAUUUGGUGGAGGCAAGAUUGAGGAAGACGCGUAUACAAUGCUUGAAUCCACAAAUUACAGCAUUCAGGUCGAUGUGGUGACCAACAAGUACGCUUUCAUGGGAUCACUGUACACCAGCAAUUCCAAUGGAACGUACUUUACCAAAAACAUUGAUCAUACCAAUCGCAACGAAUUCGGUUACGUCGACUUCGAAAAGGUGUCUAACAUCCAAGGCAUCGUGCUUGUUAACAUUGUCGACAACGCCGAGGACACGAAUCCGAUGGCCAUCAAGAAGAUCAAGUCGCAAAUCAGUUUCGAUGACGGAAGGACUUUCGCUGAUCUGAAAAUCAAGGGAAAGGACGACACGCUACACUUGCACUCGGUCACCGAGUUGCGCAACAGCGGCCGCGUCUUCUCAAGCCCUGCCCCUGGUAUCGUUAUAGGAGUUGGAAACACCGGAAAAUAUCUCGGUGGCAAGUACAACAACGGCGACACUUGGGUUUCGGACGAUGCCGGACUUACAUGGGAACGUGCAUUGGAGAAUGCUCACAAGUACGAGUUCGGCGGCCAAGGUGCCGUGCUGGUUGCUGUCGAUGAAAGGGAGACCAACAAAAUCAUGUAUUCGCUCAAGCACGGCCGCAAAGACUCUUGGAAAGAAAUCAAGCUCGAUUAUAAGAUCCGCGCGCAAGAGCUUACGACAGUAGCCGAUUCGACGAGCUUGAAGUUCCUUCUCUACGCCACUAGAAUUAAAGACGGCGAGGGCAGGAAACCAACCAUCAUCCACCUCGAUUUCGCCGAAUUGCACGAGCGGAAAUGCGGAGAUGACGACUUGGAGGAUUGGUCUCCUCUCAAAGACGAGAAUGGCGACGUCAUGUGCGUAAUGGGCCACAAGCAGACGUUCAAGCGUCGCAAGUGGGACGCCGAAUGCUUUCUCGAAGAGAACUUCAAGGAGGCGCAGCCGAAAUUUGAACCUUGCAAGUGUGACGAGGUCAGGGAUUACGAAUGCGAUUACAAUUUCGUGCCGGAGGGCAAGGGGGAGGACAAGAAAUGCAACCCCGCAGGCUCCUUAAAGAUCCCCGAAGGUGCUUGCAAAGGCGAUGCGAAAACGUACAAGGGCAGCUCCGGCUGGAGAAAGAUUCCCGGAAACCAAUGCGAGGGUACUACCGACAGAGACAAGGAGGUCGAGCGAGAUUGCGACUCUGCCUCCGAGCCUCCAGUCAGUGGAGACAUCAAGAAUGAGAUUACGCCAUUCCCAGGAUCUAAGUUCAAGGAAUACUACUAUCUCGAACGCCCCACACAGGGUCGAGAUGAGAACAAGGACAAGGAUGAGACAGUUGUCAUGCUCACGGAUGAGAAUGAAGCUUACAUUUCUCACGACCACGGCAAGCAAUGGAAGAAAGCAGUAGAUGACAACAUCGUUGCCAUCUAUCCGCACCAGUAUAACAAUGAUCACGUCUUCUUCCUCACCGCAACAAAGAAGUUCUAUUACUCGAAAGAUCGUGGUCUGAAGGACAGCAUCCACUCUUCGGAAGCCCCACAGAUGCCAACCUUGGAGGCUCAAAUCAUGCAGUUCCAUCCCGAUGAGUCUGAUUGGCUUAUUUGGAUUGGUGGCGAGCAUUGCGAAAAGUCCAACGACCGCGAGUGCCACACUGUCGCUUCAAUCUCUCAAAAGAACGGCGCAAAGGAUACCUGGGAGACUCUGAUGCCUUACGUCGAGAAGUGUGCAUUCGUCUGGCGCGAAGCCGGCCGUAAAGUUGACAAGAAAGAAGUAUUCUGUGAACAGCACACGAACGAGGAAAUGAGUGCCCCUGUUGAACUCAUCUCAAGCGAGGACUGGUUCAAGACCAAAGAUGUAAAGUUCAAGUCCGUUGUCGAAUUCGCCACGAUGUCGGAGUUCAUCAUCGUCGCGACCAAGGGCGACGAUGGCAAAUCUCUCAAGCUGGACGCCAGUCUCGACGCAAAGACCUUUGCAGAGGCGAAAUUUCCGCCAAAAUUCGAAGUCGAUCACCAGACUGCGUACACUGUGCUCGAUAGUUCUACGCAUUCCGUGUUCCUUCAUGUGACUGUCAACAGCCGUCUCGAUCAAGAAUAUGGCUCUAUCAUCAAGAGCAACAGCAAUGGAACUUCGUACGUGAUGAGCCUCAACGGUGUCAACAGGAACACGGCCGGGUACGUUGACUUUGAGAAGAUGCAGGGAAUCGAGGGUGUCGCGAUUGCGAAUAUCGUAGCCAAUGCAGACAAGGUCGAUCAAGGCGAAAAGAAAAAGAAGCAAACAAGGAUCACGCACAACGAUGGUGCUGACUGGGGUGCACUCAUACCACCUGAGAAGGACUCGGAUGACAAGAAAUACGAAUGCAGCGGUAAGAGCCUGGACAAGUGCGCGCUGCAUCUGCAUGGGUACACCGAACGUCCUGACCCUCGAGAGUCAUACUCUUCUCCUAGUGCUGUCGGCAUCAUGAUGGGUGUUGGCAAUGUCGGAGAGCAGCUCACUACUAUUGGUGAAGCGAGCACCUUUAUGACCACAGAUGCCGGCCUCACGUGGAAGGAAGUCAAGAAGGGCAACUACGCAUGGGAGUUUGGCGACCAAGGCUCCGUCAUUGUUAUUGUCCGCAGGAAUGAAGACACAAACCACCUGUACUACUCCUUGGAUAACGGGGAGACUCCAUUUAAGGAACACAAGUUCUCCGACAGCAAGCACAGGAUUGAUGCCAUCACGACGGUGCCGAGCGACACUUCGCUGAACUUCUUGCUUUGGGGCAGAGAUGGCAGGAAGUUGGUUGCCAUCAAUGUCGAUUUCAGCGGACUGUUCUCAAAGAAGUGCGAGCUGAACGAGAAUGAUCCGGAGAAGGGCGAUUACGAGUUAUGGACUCCGCAGCACCCGAUGCAAGGAGAAGAUGACCAAUGUCUUUUCGGGCAUGUAGCUCAGUACCACCGGAAGAGGAGGGGCGCCAACUGCUACAACGGUGAGCGGAUCGACCAUUUGCACAACAUUGCCCGGAACUGCUCCUGCACCCGGCGCGACUUUGAAUGCGAUUUCAACUACGAACGUAUGCCCGGUGGCGAAUGCAAGCUGAUUCAGGGUCUUGAAAAGCCAGAUCCCCUGGCUGUCUGUCAGGCGGGAGCAGUGGAAUACUGGGAUCCCACAGGUUAUCGCAAGAUCCCUGCCUCAACCUGUGAAGGUGGCCAGGAGUUUGACCGUACCAGUCAGAUGCACCCUUGUCCCGGCCACGAAGAGGAGUACGAGAAGAAGCACGGAGUAUCUGGCUUUGUUAUCUUCCUUGCCGUCAUUUUGCCGUUCGCGGCUGCCGGUGGUAUCGGAUACUACGUCUGGCGCAACUGGGACGGCAAGUUUGGACGAAUCAGACUGGGUGAGGGCGGCGGUGGCUUCGACAGCGACAGCCCUUGGAUACAAUGGCCUGUUGCGGCCAUCUCCGGCCUGGUGGCUGUUGUGGCUGCGAUACCGCUCGUCGUGGGCGCUGCCUGGAGAGCCAUCUCGAACAGAUUCGGCGGGUACGACGGACGCACGUACACGAGUCGCAGCUCUUUUGCUAGGGGGAGAGGGGACUACGCUGUUGUGGACCCUGAUGAGGGGGAGCUGUUGGGCGAAGACAGCGACGAGGAUGUGUAAACUACUCGCUUGUGUACGACUUGGGGAAGAGACGACAUAGAUAGCAUUUGGGGGUUUGUCUUUCGCUUUCGCGUUGGCUUCGUUUGCGUGGCAUGAGCGCGUCGGAUGUGUGGAUUGCGUGUAGGGAACCUGUACAUUCUGUAUGAUUUGCUGUCAUGUGGUAUCUCUGGCUUCCACGUGGUGUGUAGUUGGAUAAGAUAGGACAUCGAAAUACGGUACCGAAUGAUCACGAAGGAACGGCGGACUGGUCCCUUCCCCU